GAAUUGUAUGAGGCGGGGCUGUUGCAUGUGAAAAGGAUGCAGCUGAUGCUCGACUGAGCUUCCAGCAUCAGGGGCUCUCAGCCAAUCAGACGGCGCUCAUGAUAUCUCCCUGCCUGUUAAUUGGCUGACACUUUCAGGGAGAGCAGCUGAUGUACGCGUGGUGCCUUGACCAUCAUCCAGUGAGCCAGUGGAGGCAGAGAGAAGACAGGGAGAGUCACAUCACUUAUAUCGUCUCAUCACUUGUAUCGUAUCAUCACAAAUCCAUCAAGAUGAACAACAGCUCCAACGACAAAGAACGAGAAUCCAUAGAGCCACUCCGUUAUCUCAGUAAAACGGAAGUGGCGACCAUCGAGACGGAGCUCCUGAGAGACUAUCGCUUCGGCCAGCAGCAGCUGAUUGAAAUAUGGGGUCACGCCUGCGCCGUCGCCAUUACAAAGGCAUUUCCCUUGAGCUCCUUAAGUAAAAAGCAGCCCACCCUGCUGGUUGUUUGUGGCCCUGAGCAGAACGGCUCCAUCGGUCUGGUGUGUGCCCGCCAUCUGCGCAUAUUUGAAUACGAGCCCACUAUUUUCUAUCCCAAACGUUCACCUCAGAUUUUACACCAGGAUUUCACCGUUCAGUGCGAAAAAAUGGACAUCCCGUUCCUUUCCUAUCUUCCGACAGAGGUCCAACUGUUAAACGAUGCUUACAAUCUUGUGAUCGACGCCAUCUUGGGACCAGAAGCGGACCACAACGACGUAAAAGAGCCAUAUGCUGGGAUGUUGGUGACUUUGAAACAGGUCAAAAUACCCAUUGUUAGUGUGGACAUGCCUUCAGGUUGGGAUGCUGAUGAGCCAGGCAAGGAUGGAAUAACUCCAGAAGUUCUCAUUUCUCUGACGGCACCCAAAAAGUGUGCGACGGGUUUCUCGGGAAAACAUUUUCUGGCCGGACGAUUCCUGCCCUAUGACAUUCAGAAAAAAUACGAACUGAAUCUGCCAGAAUUUCCAGGCACGGAUUGCGUUAUAGAACUGUAGCGGUUUAUAAUAAUGUAUUUUGAAUAAAAAGGAUGUUUUUCCCUCUGUAUUUUAUAGAUUGUUCUGUGGCAUUCUGUUGCAAAUGUAAAAAUGUGAAAAGUUUAGGUCGUUUUGAGACGAUGGGUUUACGGUUACCAACUGAAGCUGCAAAUUUUUGCAAACAUCUAUGUCUAACUGUUGAGUAUAUACAAUAUACGUUAAAAAUCGUUGUCUUUUUAAGGGUGAGGUGUGUCAUUUUGGAUUAACACAUUUUUUUUUUCAACUUACACUUUCUCAAUUUAAAGCUCUACUGUGUACUUUAUUGAGUUAAUUCUUAACAAAAACCCAUGUUUUCUUUCAAAAGUAUGUGCUCAUUCAUGUGUAAUUACUUCCCACCCACUAAUCAAAGUAUUCUCGUAAGUGUAGAAUCUGCUAUUUAAAAUGCAUACCGUCGAAGCGCUCUCUGGCUGAAUCCAUGUUGUGCCUCCAUCUUUGAAAUACAUUCGCCGACGAGGGACAUUCCUGAAAUUCAAGCUCCGCCUUUCGCGCUUCACUCUACACUCACGCUGCCCGAUAGCUGAAGCCUCCAGAGGUUGCAUGUGUAGGCGCUAUACGUCAUCAAGACAGUCUUAUUUCAGAAUAUUAACAAUUAUAAAGCUGACAAUUAUUCUUAGUUAAUUGUAAAUUGAUGUAAUAUGCGUAUGACUUGCGAAUGUAAUGCUCAGUUAAUUUAAAUAAACCAGGCUUGAUGACGUAUCCAGCCUGUGACCUGCGUAGCUGAAGCCUUCGGAUUUUACAACAACCGCACACCGUGAUGAACCUGCGAUCUAAUGCUUUGAUUUGAAAGCCUGUUGAAGACAUAUUCUCGAGGACAUUAAAACAAAUCGCCAAGGAUGCGAAACGGGGAUUUUAAACGACAGCGUGACAGGAAAAACAUCAAGACCAAAGUCACUAUUGGAGUUAGUUUUCCAAGAUGGGCUCAAGGGACACUGAAGUUGCACUUUCUAUAUUCUCCACAGGUAAUUCAGCAUAUUCGUUUACAUCUAUACAGUCCAUGUUGUAAACUUGAAGUUUUAUAGUUCCUUGGCUAACUUUAGCAUGAUUAUGCAUAACACUUGUUAGUGUAAACAUGCAUGUGGUUUAAUGUGUUGGUACAGACACACGCCGUCUCUCCGCCCAUUUAUGUAAUCUGAGGUACUGAUAUAAAUGUUUUUCAUCUUUUCUGACCUCUAGCACAAACACACGGUGACAGCGCUAUUUUUAGAUUUUCAUUGAUAAAAGCGUCUGAUCUGCGCGUCUUUCGUUUCAUUUUACAAGCUUGUGAAUGUUGCGCGAUCUUUUUUCACCGAUAUGAGAGAAAGCUCUUACAUAUACACGGACAUGUAACAUGUUUACUUAAAACAUAAGCAUUGUACUCUGACAUAAUGUCUGACAUAAUACUCUGAUAAAGUGAAAGUUGCGCGAUCUUUUUUCACCAAUAUGAGAGAAAGCUCUUACAUAUACACGGACAUGUAACAUGUUUACUUAAAACAUAAGCAUUGUACUCUGACAUAAUGUCUGACAUAAUACUAUUUUUAGCCUUUCAUUGAUAAAAGCGUCUGAUCUGAGCGCCUUUCGUUUCAUUUUACAAGCGUGUGAAAGUUGCGCGAUCUUUUUUCACCAAUCUGAGAGAAAGCUCUUACAUAUACACGGACAUGUAACGUUUACUUAAAACAUAAGCAUUGUACUUUGACAUAAUAUUAGUUCGCGUCCAUUUAAACCCGUCAUGGUUGCUUUUUGUAUGUGAUUUUAAGCGGACAUAUCAUGACAAUCAGACUUUUUUCAUGUUAAACAUAAAUCUGUGUGCUUUGAUGGAUCACAGGCAAAGGACAUUGCAAAUUGUUCAUUUUUUCUCAUUGCUUUUGCUUUGUAGCUACUGGAAGCCAUGUUAACCUUGGCAUGACACGGCCGGGCCACCGUACGAGUUAAAACGCGUUCCGAAUGGGGAGGGCUAGAAAGUAUUAUUCAGUUGCUUGUCAUAUAGACUUUCACCGCUAGAUGGGAGUAGAUCUUACACAGUGGAGCUUUAAGUGAAAAAAAAAUACAAUUUAAAAAAGCUUAAUUUUUUUUAGGUGUUACGAAUUUAAAGGGACACUGAUUUUAAAUUUAAUAUCAGCAAUGAUAUUACGCAAUGCAUGAAAAUAGUUCCCUUAGUACCUUUCAAUAGCAGGGGACUAUUUUCGGGCACUGUGUAACAUCAUUGCGCCUCCAGCAGCCAUGUUACGGCAGCAAAGUCCUUGAUUAUUACGCCAGAAUGAGAGUAUAGUUCCUAGCCAUAUCUGCUUAGAAAAUUGCAACUUUAAAUUUUUCCAUCAGUCUUACCGUGGGUUCACAUCAGCCGCGUUUGAGGCGAAAAAUUUGCGUCUACCGCAUCUAGUUUGCCGCUUGAACAUUUUAAGUUUUCUCGCUUCAUUCGCGCAUGAAAUUCUAGUCAUCGAGACAUUCACGAGGAAAUUCGUGUUAUGGGAGGGGCUUCUGCGACUCUGCUGGCUUUCUGUAAUCACGUCACUACUAGAGCAAGCUUCUGAUUGCUUAACGCGGUGAACUUUUCCGCCAAAGUUCAAAUUUUUAAACUCGCGCGUUUGCCACGGCAAUGGUCAAUUCGCGCCAUUUGCGCGUAUGAGAUGGAAUCGGAUCUACCGUGCCGCUCUAAACACCUCAUUCGCCCCGCGAGACCUUCAGACGCGCCUCAACGCAUCUUCACAUUGACUUAACAUUGCAAUCACUCGCGCUUGACGCCUCUACCGCGGCUGGUCUGAACGCAGCAUUAGUACACAAUGUAACUACAGAAGAGUCAAGUUUUAAAUAAGAAAAAUAUUAAAACUCUGGUUAUUUUUUUAGCGCAAUGCUAAUGGUCUAAUCAGAUUCUAUGGAUUAUGCUAAACUAUUCUAAAAGUGGUAGCGCCAGACCCGGAAAUCGGCUGAAUUGAUCCCAAAAUGGUAAAAAUCAAAUUUUUAACUAUAGGGGAGCUGGAAAAUCAGCAAAUUUUCAAACAAAAGUGGAGUGUCCCUUUAGUAAUUUUUAAAAAGUUUUUUAGCUGAAAAUGUUCACUUACAUUGAGAAAAUUUAAUUCGAUUAAACUUAAAUAUUUGUUACCAAUCAAAGUAAUUUUUUAACUUACACUUUUUACUGUGCAAUGUUUCAUUAGCUUCAGAAAUCCACUUUAAUAAUAAUUACACUUUCUAAACAAAUCAAUUUGCAAAUUGUUUAGUAAUAGUUGCCAAAAAAUGACAAACCUCACCUUCGAUGUUCGAUAUAUUCAAAGUGCAUUACCCUAAUAGUGCCUCCUUAUGUACACAACAUCAGGGGCCUCAUUUAUAAAAUGCUGCAUAGAAACAGUCCUAAAUUUGUUCUUUCGAUCAUUUCUCAAAAGCAUGUACAUGUUUGUAACCAAACUGUCUGUGGAUCCCAUUUUCUUCUAUAGUAGGAAAAAAGAAUACUAUGGAAGUAAAUGGAGUCCACCAAUGGUUUGAUUACAAACAUUUCUCAAAAUAUCUUCCUAAAUCUUCUCACAACAUGAGAGUGAGUAAAUGAUGACCGAAUUUUAAUUUUUGGGUGAACUAUCUCUUUAACCCGCCUUACUUUCAGAUGUGAAAUCUGUAAAUUGCAAAUGAUCUUGAAAUUGUCUACAGCUGAACAGUUUCAGAUCUCCGCCUUUAAACUAUGCCUAAUUAUUGUCAUUGACAUAUAAACGAGCACCUUUCAGUUUUAAAAUUGAGGGGCAACUUUCCGAUCUCUCUGAUGAAGCCAACAGAGAAGUGACUUAAACUGCAAUUUGUUGAUUUCAAAGGGAGUUAAUCCCCUUAGACACCCGUGUUAAAAUGCCAAACUUUACAGCCUGGUACAAAAAGCGAUUUUGGUCUUUAGCUAAUUUUGCCCUUCAACAACUGUGAGGGUGGUGAAUUUUUUUGUAACUCAUUGCUGCAUAAUUAAGGUGGUGGCCACUUGAUUGAUAGGUGGAUUGCCGCUGCUGUCCAAUCAGCUCCAACCACAUUCUGCCUAUUUGGCCAUUUUCAAUUAUCCGAGUUUGACACACAGUGACGCGUUUGCCAAGAUGGCGACAACUGGCUCUGCCAACUUUUGGCUUCAAAAACAUUCUCAAGAAACCUUCGGUGGACUUCACGGACACUACGUCCAUUGUUUUAUGCACUCUAUGCUUAAAAUCCUUUUCAAGCAGAAAGUAUGGCUUAUAUUUCCAAAAACCUGCAGCAGUCGGACAAGCAAAAGUGCGUACAUCUGCGCAAAAACACUGACCUGGCGCUAAGCACUUUUCCACGCCAAAGACCGAAUUCAUUAGAUAUGCACCGAUAUAUCGGCCGAUAAUCGGUAUCAGCCGGUAGUUUAAAAACAGCCGAUAGUCUUGGUCGAUAUAUCUUGUCAAUCAAAAGCAAAAAAUUUGAGCUCUGUGUAUAGAAAAUGUAAAGGAACAUCACUAUCUGAACAUUCAAUAUUUAUGCUUAUUAUAUAAAUGAAUAACAUUUAGAAAAUUUUAUCUUCAGUAUUAAGUAAAAUUAAGUACACUGCAAAAAAUUUCAUUCUUACUUCGUAUUUUUGUCUUGUUUUCAGUAAAAAUAUCUAAUUUUUUUUCUUGAUGUGGAAAAUGACCUAGGAAAAUAAGUCAGUUUUUAGACAAAAAAUAUCAAAUUUAAGCGAAUUGGUGCUUAAAACAAGCAAAAAAAUAACAAAUAAAAAAUCUGCCAAUGGAAUAAAAACAUUUUUCUUGAAAGAAGUUAACUUUUUUCAUAAACACUCAAUUCAAGAACAUUUUUCUUAUUCCAUUGGCAGUUUUUGCUCGUUUUAAGCACCAAUUCGCUUAAAUUUUAUAUUUUUUGUCUAAAAACUAGACUUAUUUAUUUUGCCCAAUCAAGAAAAGACAUCUUAUUUUAAGAAUUUGUAGAGAUUUUUACUGAAAACAAGACAAAAAUACUACAGUGUAUUUCCUACACUGCAAAAAAUGAUUUUCAAGGAAAAAAAUCUUAGUAUUUUUGCCUUGUUUUCAAUAAAAAAAUGUUUUUAAAUUCUGAAAUUAAGAUGCUUUUUCGUGAUGAGCAAAACGACACAAGAAAAUAAGUCUAGUUUUUAGACCAAAAAUAUAAAAUUUAAGCGAAUUUGUGCUCAAAAUGAGCAAAAAAAAAAAAAACGGCCAAUGGGUUAAGCAAAUUUUUCUUGAAUUGUUCUUGAAUUAAAUGUUUAAGAAAAAUGUUCAAGAUUUGUUUGCUUACACCAUUGGCAGAUUUUUUUGCUUGUUUUAUGCACAAAAUCACUUAAAUUUGAUAUUUUUGGUCUAAAAACUAGUAUUAUUUUCUGAAUUUUACGAAUAUUUUUUCUUGAAAAUAAUUUUUUGCAGUGUAGGAGUUUUUUUUGAACCCCUAGGGAGUCAGCUGACAUUGGCUUAACUUAGCACUGUCUUCUCGUUACAUUAUUACUACGCUCGCUAGUACAGUUUAAUCUUCACCGCUGUAUGUAUAAUGUAUUAUGUUUUCGAUUUUUCUGUGUUUUCUCUUGAUUUUAUAAAUGCUUCGAAACAAUUAAACAAUUGUGAAAAGCGCAAUAUAAAUCAAAUUAAAUUGAAUAGUAAAUGCAAGUUAAUAUAACCACCAAACUAUCGGUAUCAGCGGAUAUCAGUCUGAACAAUCGGCUAUCGGUGCAUCUCUAGUUUUCAUAAAUAUGAACAUUGCCAUGGAUUUUUGCGUACACACAAUCUACGAACAAAUCUGUUCGUACAGGUUAUAAAUGAGGCCCCUGAAAAUACAAUGCCUUUCGAAUGUGUUGGAAUGUGAUUUUAAUUUGGAAAUGUUGUCAACGAUAGCCUGACGUUGACAAACAUGUAUGUGUAUAUCAUUUUGUUUUUACCUCACAAUGACUUCUUAUAAGUUGUAUAAACCCGAGAAGCCAAGAUGUAAAGUUCAAAUAAAUGAUCUACGUAAAAAAAA